AUGAAUAUUUAUAAUAUAAAAGCUAUAGAUUUUAUCUUCAAGUUAAGACAUCCAACAUUUGAUUUCUUCAUGACCCAAGACGUUCAAGAUGUUACAAAACUUGAUGAUUCUCAUAGAAAUUACCAAGAUAAAAUUCCAACAGAUCAUACUUCUAUAAGCGGAGACGUCAACAAUCCAAAUAAGCUGAAGGUUCAUGAUCAUGAUUCAUUGAACAUGGAAACUAAUGAACACAACAAUUCCAAAAAUGAUAUAGAUAUGCUGGUGAUAUAUGUUGGCAGUCAUGAGUUAAUUUUCAUAACUGAAGAGUAUCAAAUUGGUCAUCAAGUUUCCAAUGAAAGAGAUCCAAAAUCAAAUGUUGUAACAAGGUCACAAAUUUAUUCACAUCGUUAUAGUAAACAGGCAUUAUUACAUGUUUCCAGAAUCUCAACAUUACCACCUCAUGAUACUUACAAAGUUUUAACUCCCGAUCAAUUAAAUACACCAAAAUAUGAAGAAUUGAGAACCCAAGAACUUUGUUUAAUAUGUCUUGAGUCAUACAGAUUUAACUAUGAAAAUUUAGUCAAAUUACCUUGUGCUCAUACUCUUCAUCACAAAUGUUUUCUCAAGACAAGGCAGUUUAAUGGGGAUAGAACUGAUGUUGAAAGACCAAGUAUGAAAUGUAUUACUUGUCAAUUAAGUUUGAUUAAGUAUCAUCAAUAUCUUGCUGAUUAUAACUUAGAUUAUGAGAAAGUUAAAUUUAUUAAUAAGUGA